UAGCGAUCAUUUCCAUUUCAAUCCAAAACAAACAGAAUCUCCACGGUUGAUGUGUGAGUCAGUGAAAUAAUUGUGAAUUAAAUUAAUUCUCUGAAGAAAUGGGGCUCGGUGGGUGUUACGCAAUCUUGAAAUACCUCCUGGUAUUGCUCAACCUCGUAUUCGCGAUAUUAGGAAUCGCCGGUACCGUCUUUGCAAUAUGGAUGCUCGUCGACCCCGCUUACUCCCUAUCCGUGACUCAAGACUACGUAAUCUCAGUAGUUAUAAUUCUCAUUGCGUCCCUCUUACUCAUCAUUGUGGCCGUUUUCGGCCUCAUCGGUUCACUCCGCGAAAAUCAAUGCGCGUUAAUAACCUUCUUCUGCUUACUUUUGAUCAUCUUCGUGGCCGAAGUUUCCACCGGAAUCUGGGUCCACAUCAAUCGCGACAGCAUUAAACUGCACGUUAAAAACGCCGUCGAGUACACUGUAGAACACGAAUAUUACCAAAACGAAAAUCGCAAAAACAUCUUUGACACCUUCCAGAGAAACUUGCAAUGUUGUGGCGCUAAAGCUCCUAGUGACUGGAUGGGCAGCAAGCAGGUGUUGGUAUCCGUGACGUCGAACCAGGACAACUACAGCAUUCCGAUGAGUUGCUGCCGUGAAAAUAUAGCAGAGGAGACUUGCCAAAAGAGGACCCAAAACAUCAAACCGACAAGUUCUAUUGAUUAUUCUGUCGUUUAUGAACAUGGCUGCUACAACGCCAUUAUGGCAAAACUGAAAGAGUACUCUUUUUGUAUUUUGGUGGUCGGAAUUGUCAUUGCAGUUAUACAAGUUUUGGGGCUGAUCUUUGCACUCAUCCUUGCGUUUGCGGUUAAUAGAUCAAAUAGAUACAAAGCCUAAGUACUUAAAGGAUCCAAAAAUUGUCUCAUGUACAAAUGAGGUCGUUUCUCUAUUUUCCUCUACAAAUUAUUUUCAGAUCAAAAAUUUAUGACAAAGAACAAAAGAUUCACAUAUUUUUGAUUGUGUACAAACUAUAUAUCCUUACACUUGAAGUGUUGUAACGUGUGCCAUAUUAAAACGCUAUUUUCGUACCAAGCACCUAUAUUGUAAAACUUUGGCUAUAAACAUUGACAGUUGAACUGUCUUUUCUAACUUGGUGGUAUAUGUCUAACAUAGUUGUUUGGUAGAAAAUAAGCGGGUGUAUAAUUAGCUUUACCUAUAGAUAUAGUUUGAUGUAAAUCUUUCUAAUCACUAUACUCGAAAGAUACGUAUUUUCUGAUAUCAUCCAAUUUUCAAUAUGCACAAUUUAUGGUUAGCAUUUAAUACUCAUUACUUACAUUAGACUGAUAUUUAUUUUCAUUAAUCUCAUCCAUACUUAGUAAUCUCAUUUACUACUGCCUCUAAGUUAACUCUAACUUAAGAUAUCAUUCCUGAAUGCUGUAUAAAUUGUCCUAGCAUGACAGUGUCCAAGACAAACUGUAGAUUAGACAUAGCUAGACUUACAGAUGUGUUUCGUAUUGUACAUUUAACUUUACUGAACUCUAUCAGUUCUGUGCCAAAAGGGUAUAUUGAAAUAUUAAUUGCAAAUAAGUAUUUUAUAAUUAGUUAUAUAUUUUAUGAAAUAUUUAUUAAAAUUACCUGUUACCAUUACUACUAAAAACCAUGCUUGGUGGUUGUAAAUGGUUAAAAUAAUAUAUGGAAUUGCCUGUACUAAUAUUAAAAAGUAAACCAGAUCUAAUGGAGUUGCAUUAAGAAAAGCAUGUUAUUGUAAGUAAAAUGUUUAUGCAUGACAAAAAUUUAUGCAAUGUACUUCCGUUAAACAAUCAUUUUUUGUAUGUAACUUCAGUAAUAUGUGGUGGAAAUAUGAAUUUUGUUUUAGCUUAUUUUGUUAAUAAAGAGAAUUCCAAAA